UGAGACGGAGAGAAAGAGAGAGAGAGAGAGAGAGAGAGAGAGAGAGAGAGAGAGAGAGAGAGAGAGAGAGAGAGAGAGAUAAAAGCAGAGAUUAUUUAUUUCUCUGUGAGGGCGGGAGGCUCAGAGUCGUCGCGCGCUCUUAGGCGUGUCAAAUCGCGAGCAUCUUCACGCAUUAUCUUCAUCGUUUCACCUCUCGGUAGGCUAGAAAACUACGAGAGAGAAAAAAGAAGGGAUUCUAAGACUGUCAAAGUUUGCUUUGGGUCUUCAAACCCGCGGACGGCGCUCUGUGUUCAGCCGGUAUCAGCGAGCGGACCAGGUAAAUCCGGUAGAUGCUGUCAUGCCAUUUGGGUGCCUUGCCCUACGAGAUGGAAGGACAUACCACAGCCUGUCAGACAUCACUGAUAAAUAUGAGAUCGGGCAGGUUCUGAAGGCGAAGGAGUUUUGCGAGCUGUGCCUGGUUAAGGAACGACAGACAGAAAAGGUCUAUGUGUGCAAGAAAUUCCUCAAGAAAGAUGGCAAAAAAGUGCGGAAGGCUGCCAAGAAUGAGAUCAUGAUCCUGAAAAUGGUCAACCACCCAAACAUUCUGAAGCUGAUAGAUGCAUUUGAGACCAGGAAAGAGUUUUACAUCAUCCAAGAGCUGGCCACAGGUGGGGAUGUGUUUGAUUGGAUCCUGGAUCAAGGGAACUACACAGAGAGAGAUGCUGCCAACGUAAUCCGACAGGUCCUAGAGGCGGUGGCUUACCUCCACUCCCUUAACAUAGUUCACAGGAACUUGAAGCUGGAAAAUUUGAUGUACUACACAGAGAACAACCACAAAAAAGUAGUUCUUCGUGAUUUCUAUCUCUCCCGGUUUGAGAAUGGCUCCAUCACCGAACCCUGUGGAACACCAGAGUAUCUGGCCCCAGAGGUGGUAGCUCGACAUCGGUAUGGAAGGCCAGUGGAUUGCUGGGCCAUUGGGGUCAUCAUGUUCAUGCUGCUGUCAGGAAAUCCUCCCUUCUAUGAUGAGACAGAAGAGGAGAACACAGACAUGCACAAUCGUAUUAUCUUCUGCCGGAUUGUUGCUGGAGACUACGAGUUUGACUCUCCGUACUGGGAUGACAUUUCACCUGCAGCUAAAGAGUUGGUGUGUCGGCUGAUGGAGGUUGACCAGAUGCUACGAAUUACAGCGCAAGAUGCUCUGUUUCAUGAGUGGAUUGCUGGAAAUGGAGCCUCGGAAAAAAACCUGAAGGAUGGAGUGUGUGCACAGUUUGAGAAGAACUUUGCAAAAGCCAAGUGGAGGGAGCUGAAGAAAGCGAUUAGAGUCACUACAUUCAUGCAGCGUCUUCGCGCGUCAGAGCUAAGUUCAGCAGAAGCGGCAAAAGAAGGACGGAGGGGUGUCCAGGCUGAUGGAGGAGGAAGUGAAGGAGUCCCCACUGACUCAGGGGGAGGUUUAUCUGUGAGCAUGUCCAAUGAGGUGAUGGUGGAAAACACACUAACUGAGUCUCAAGAGAGCAAAUUGCAAGAGGAGAAAGAAAUAGCAGUUACAAAUUCCCUCUCAGAAAUGUCAAAAUCACUCGCACAAACUGACUCCUCAACCCAGACUCAAGGGGAGGAGCAGAACAAGGUAGUUGAGAAGAAAGCAAGUGUGGAUGACUCUCAAAAAAUAGCAGCUGUUUUGGGCAAGGAAAAACCAAUGGCAUGCGAGGAACCCACCUCCAAUAUAUACACGAAAUCCUCUGACUGCCAAAGAAACAAAUUUACCACAGAGAAAGAGGCAACCGACAAGAAAGUAGCACCUGAUACCCCAAACCGCCGCAGAAUGGCUGCUAAUUUGUCUCUGGAUCAUGGAUUAGGGCAUGGUACCAAGACAAGCAGUUCAGCUAUUGAGAAAGAGCAGGCAGUAGCAAAUGAGGAGAAGCCAGAGACAGCAAGUAAGCAGGAAAAAUCCCCUGGAAGCUGGUGUCAGACCCAGCUUCCAGAGACAGUAGCGGAGGGGCAGAUAGGUGUUGGGACGAUAGGAGAGAGUAGUCCUAGCAGCAGAGAAAAGGAAGGAGGCACAAGAGAUAAAUCAGGAAAGCAUGCACAUAGUUUGUAUGCUAGUAAAGAAUUUGGUUCAAGUUUGGGUCGUAAGAAGACUGUGUAUGUGCAAGAACAGAGAGAUACAACCCAUUCUGCUACUUGUAGGAAUGCAUGCUGUCCUCCUUACUCUGUUAGCAGCGGAGCAGCAUACAAUGAUCUACAAGGAGAGGAUGCCAGUUCUGACUGGCAAAUGGACAGCGUGAUUGAAGAGAUUGAAAAGCAAAUGGCAGCUGUACUUGAGAAGAUCGAAGGUGAUAUGCCCUCCCUAUUGGAGCAGAUCAGGGACUGUCCUGAGAGUUUGCCAAAAUCAAAAAGUGCCCAAUCUUCUCCUUCAGUUCAUCACCGAUCCUACCAAGACCGUUCUACUCCGCCACCUCUACCUACCACCCCAAGGCCACCCAUGCCCUCUUUACCACACCUCACUAUUCCACCGCCCUCUUACCCACCUCCAAUCCCACCCAGUCAAACCCAAACUAACAACCAAUUGGUCACUGAGCAGGGUGAUAGAGAUGGACAGAGGAGUGCUGCAAGACUGACCCAGUCCCCGAGAGGAAGCGGGUCAAGCAGAGGCUUAUGAAGCUUAUAUGAGCAAAAAAAUAAAUAAUAAAAGGAGCUUAGAACGAGUCAUGGAUGUCAAAGAAGCAGCUUUGACGCUGUACAAAGAUUUGUAAAAUCUAAAUUAUAGAGUAGCUUAGCUCCUCUUUGCAUUUAGUCAAGAAGAGUCACGACCAGCUGUGUUUGUGCUGAAAUUGGUUUCUAGCAGAAAAACACAAUUACAUGUUUGAGCCUUUGGGUACUGUUAUGUACAUAAAAUUAUAGUGUAACAUCCCCUUAUGUGCAUUUUCGGACACAGCUUAUGUACACCACAUAACAAUGGAACGUGAGAUGAGACUAGUGCUUGAAAUACCUGUAAAUAUGCGUAUGUGGCAUUACAAUAUUACAGAGAGCACUCAUAUUUUCCAUGAGUAAUUUCAUAACCAUAAUCCAGUAGUCUACGUUUAAGCCUAAAAGAAAACACAGGCACAUACUCUUCUUAAUGGUAAUGGUCACUGUAUAUACCAGUUACUUUAGCAAUUAUAGUCCAGUUACUGCACCACUGCCAUCAACCGCCAUUCAUGCACAUAGCAUUCUCAUGGAAAUAUAGCACACUGGGGCCACAGCAACAGCCUGGGAAGAAUACUAUUUUGUAGAACUAGAAUCAGAAUAAGAAUAUAUAUUUGCAAUAUCAAAUGAAAAAGCUAUGUUCAUUAUUCUUAUUCUGUACAGUUCAUCCUGUACAUACUCUUUCUGCAUGUCUUUUUAAUCUAAGUUUAUGUUUGUCCUAAUUGAUAGUAACUUAGUGAGACACCCUUCUCAUCUGAUUGGUUGUGUUACUUCUUUAUCAUACAUGUUUAGAAAAUAUUUUCUUUUUCUUUUUUGCUAUUACACAUAUUACCAGAUUUAUCCAAUGUAUAGUUAUUUAAAACUCCUUAUUAUUGUUAUUUUUUAUUUAAAAUUUGGAUAUUUCCAAUCGUAACAGCCUUACUUCUGUGCUCUGGUUCCACUUUUCAACUAUUUUGUCAUAGUGAUGUGAAUAUUCUUCCAAAGUACUUUUGCACUCUCUCUGCAAAGAUUUCAAUAAAAUCUAGAUGGUAUCCCAGUGUGAGUACUUUGUGUAUUUGUUCUGGCUUGACAUUAUGCAGCUA